UAGCGCUCAGUUCUCCAGCGCACUACUCCAGAGAUUAUAGUAAUACUUUAAUGCGCGUCUGAACUCUGAAGUGCGACAAGCCAAUCAUGAAGCUGGAGGUUUUCUCCCCCACUCGCAGCAAAGACCCGCUCGCUGAGCCUGAAGUGAGCUCUGUGCUGUGCGCUGAAGAGGAGCUGGGCUCAGACGGAGACUGCGCGGUUCACAGCCCGUCCCCCGCGGCGCGCGUUUCCGGAGGCACAGCCAAGCCGUACACACGCAGGCCAAAGCCACCAUACUCGUACAUCGCCCUCAUCGCAAUGGCUAUUCGGGACUCGGCCACGGGCCGCCUCACACUGGCCGAGAUAAACGAAUACUUGAUGCAAAAAUUCCCCUUCUUCCGUGGCAGCUACACGGGCUGGCGGAACUCCGUGCGGCACAAUUUGUCGCUGAACGACUGCUUCCUGAAAGUGCUGCGGGAUCCGUCGCGUCCCUGGGGGAAGGACAACUACUGGAUGCUGAACCCGCACAGCGAGUACACCUUCGCGGACGGCGUUUUCCGCCGCAGGAGAAAGCGCAUCGGGAAAAAAUCUCUAAAUAAUUUGGAAACGCUCGCAAGGGACACCAGCGUGCCAGGGCGCGAGGAAAGCACCAGAAACGGAGGCAAGUUUUCCAGCUCAUUCGCUAUCGACAGCAUUCUCAGUAAACCAUUCAGGUGCCGUUCAGAUGAAGCAACGGAAAGACUUUCUAGUGACUCUGAGUUCAUGUUGCCCGCAGUGUCACACUUCAUGCCGCUGGUCAUGAGUUACCCACUGGUCACUGUACCGUUAUUCCAUGUCGGUUCUGAAGUCCAACCUGCGCCUCUAGGGGGCAAAUACGACUCCGCGAACUUACCUAAACACCUGCCUGAUUACCAGAGCCACCUCCGGGAUCUGCAACAUCCCCAGAUUCCCCUUACAGUGCCCAGGAGGCCCGGUACCACCCCUUCAGAAUUGACUCUUUACUGUCCUGAGACACACAGCAGUCCCCCAUGUUUAUGUGCACUUUCUCUAUUGUUUGGUUGGAAAACUUUAAGGUGAUUUGCUGUAACUAAAAUACAUUCACUGUUCCUGGGAACGCAAACAGUCUUCUAAACGAGUCCCCAGCGUCCAGCCACUGCGUUCACCUGUGUUUACUAAUUACUCAUUUUUAAUUUAUCAUGAACGACUUCAGAAAUGUGGUGUGUAUUUAAGUGUGUAUAGUUUGUAUCCGUGACGUUGUUUGGUCAGAAACGUUUGCUGAUGUUUUUUAUGUGGAGAUUAUUUGUGUGAGCUGCGCUCCAAUAGACGAACUGAACUGUCAUGAAAUGUUUGUAAUAAAGAAAGAAAUGCAACCAAGAAAAACGCGUGGCUUUUUCAAGUAAAUCUUGGGACCAACUCGAGAUUAGCUGCUGUUUCGGAUAAAUGACAGAGCAAAUACCAGCAUCAGUUUUCAACCUCUUCCUCUUCUUCUUCAUC